AUGGCCGAGGUUCUUGUACUAGAAGACAACGGCAAAUCUUAUGAAGGCGGCCUUUUAUCCGAUGUUACUUACAGGUUCUUUAAUCAUGGCUACCUACUGACGACUUCAAUGUACUGCGAAAAACUUGAACGAUUUGUACCAGUCCUUCUAUCGUGGAUUAAUGGCCUCUCUAAAGCUCAUUACAAGGUUCAUUUCAAAACAUUAUUAGUCCAGAUCAGCACGACCUCAAAAAGUGAUAAACAGAAGAGAAGAUUAUGCGAACAAGUAGUGGAUUUCUCUCAAGCUCAAAAGGUUGGAUUCAUGGAGGCAUAUAUGGAAGUAUUUGACGUGGAUAGAGACAAAGCUCUGUCAAAGUUGCAUGGCUGCAAGCAGCAUUUCAGCCAGGCCAUCACUCGAAUCAAGAACAAUUGCAACAUUGUCCGAUUUGAUCUGAAGGACAUUUGGGUGGAAAAAUGUAUGGCUUUACUGGAACCCAACACUCUGGGAAAAACUCUGGACGACAAGUUUGCCAAGUUGUACUUUACAUUUCCUAACGCAAAGAGAUGGCUUGAUUGGUGGUGCAUCGCCGAUACCCAAUCUAUGUUGUUUCCUGGUCGCAAGAGAAUGCCCUUGGAUGAUCCGCCUUUGAAUGCCGACGAAAGCAAGGAGGACGAACCUGAACCUCAACGUCGAAAAGGAUCAAACAACCGCCCGGAAUUGCAUUCAACUACAAACGGGCAAGAGUCAAUGCAUAGGGUGUACUACUUACUAUGUAAAGGGAAAUGUGGCGUCAUUCCAGGCUUGAUACAGCUUCUAGCUUUCGUGCAAAGCUUGGAACGAGAUUUCCAUAACACCCGGAUAGGUGUUUUGAUUACUUACGGUUCGUCACAAAAAAAUUGGGAGGAGCUGGUCAAAGGCUUAAAGAUGAAGAAGCCGACCAAACGACGCUACCUUGAAAACGACGGCCGACCUCCGGAUACUACCGAUGAACUUCUUGGUAAUAUCAAGACCAAGAGCGCUAAAGGCCGCGCUAAACAAGUGGCUAAAGGCCCAGGCCGUCCGAGGGGCUCGCAAAACAUCAAUCGAGCCCCCUUGACAACUUAUCAGUCGUAUACUAAAGGUAUACAACCUGGAACUAAGAACAGGUGUUGGCAAAGUGCCACACUGGAGUCUCUCUACGCGCUAUUUGGACCUCUGUGGAGCCUCAAUGCUUCAGUCAACGGCACCGGUCUAGUCCAUCUACUUUAUAAUCACCUAACCAAGCGAAGCACGGCCCAACUUGAAGGGAAAAACCUUUCCAAGUCGCUUUCAGCACACCAGAACACGAUUCACAAGGCGCUCACAAAACUGUCUCCCACAUCUUACAUACCGGAUCAAUUUGCAUCGGCUGACCAGUUUAUGGAGAAACUAGUCCAUCCUGGUCCCAACUCUCUUAGACCCUUCUUUGAAAUUCCGAUUGUCAAGACUUACUCCUGCCCUGUGAAUGCCGGCCAUACUUAUUCAAAAUCAUCUUCAAUAGCUUGUAUCCAGAUAUUUCCAUAUAAAUUUGUCGAAGCUGGACUGUCUUACGGCGAUUUAGGACAAUUGAUUGAUCAAAUGACCACUGACGGUAUCUCAACGGACAGUGGUCUGGUCUGUCGACGAUGUCAUCCAGAAACCAAAGAAGAAAAAGAUGCAUACAUCGAUGCCGACAUAGUAUUGCUGUCAGCCUGA